GCUUUCCUCACAGCAACCAUGUCUCUCGCGAAAUUGACCUCGAUAUCGACGCAAACGUUGUCAUUGCUUCUUGAACGACAACGGUUCCAGACUUUACCUUCCUACUCGUCCGACUCAACCCCAAAUGCCCCGAAUAACCUCCAUUUACCACAAAUUGCGCAAAACCUGAAUGCACUGCGGACAGGAAUUCUCUCGCUCGAGGCCAAGGAAGGUCGUUCGGAUGCUGUCACUCUCCUCAGGAAUCAACAUGAACGUAUGAGAGGCAUGUUAGGGCCUGGUGAAGAUGCUGGCGUGACCAGUCUUGAGCCGGAGCGUAUACCAGAACCUCCUCAGAGGUCUCAGCUCAUACCGACACCAGAUUCAGAGACAGUAUUCACGCCAUAUGCGGACGAUCCAGAAGCCGGCCCCGAGCAGAUGUUGCAAACACAAAGGCUAAUGAUGGACCAGCAAGAUAGUCAACUCGACUUGCUGUCACACUCCAUAAACCGGCAACGCGAUCUCUCCAUGCAAAUCAACGAGGAGCUCGACGUUCAUACCGGACUGCUGGAGGAAUUGGACACCGAUAUUGGAACCACAGAAAACAUGCUGAGUGGAGCGCGAAGAAGACUAGACAGAGUUGCCAAAGGCGCCAAGAACAACGGUUCUGCUGUUACAAUUGGCGCCCUCAUUCUUGUACUGCUCAUUCUCAUCAUCGUGUUCAAAACCUAG